CCGUCCUCUUCCUCCUCCACUCACUCACUCUCCCCUGUUUCCGCCCCCGGUAAACCCCACCCCCGCUCGCCGGAGGAAUCUCUCCGCCCCUUUAUAUAACCACCAGCUCCACGCUCUUCCACACAGAUCCAGAUCGUUCCCCUGCCGAUUCUUCUCCAAAGGGCCCCGCUCGUCCGCCAUGGAUCUCCUCGCCGCGGAGCCCCGCAGCCUUCUCUUCGCCGGCGUGGCCCUCCUCCUCGCCACGGCCGCCUUCCUCAAGAUCCUCUCCGGUCCCGGGUCCAGCGGCAAACGGCUGCCGCCGACGAUCCGGGCGUGGCCGGUGGUGGGCGGGCUCCUAAAAUUCCUCGCCGGCCCGAUCCCGCUGAUCCGGUCCCAGUACGCUGCCCUGGGGCCGGUCUUCACGGUGCCCAUCCUCACCCGCCGCAUCACCUUCCUCAUCGGUCCCGACGUCUCCGCGCACUUCUUCAAGGGCAACGAGGCCGAGAUGAGCCAGCAGGAGGUGUACCGCUUCAACGUGCCCACGUUCGGCCCCGGCGUCGUGUUCGACGUGGACUACCAGGUGCGGCAGGAGCAGUUCAGGUUCUUCACCGAGGCGCUCCGGGCCAACAAGCUCCGCAGCUACGUCGACCACAUGGUCAUGGAAGCCCAGGAGUACUUCUCGAAGUGGGGAGAAAGCGGCACUGUGGAUUUGAAGUAUGAGCUGGAGCACCUCAUCAUACUGACUGCUAGCCGAUGCUUGUUGGGAAGGGAAGUGCGAGAAAAGCUAUUUGACGAUGUUUCUGCUCUCUUCCAUGAUCUUGACAAUGGGAUGCAGCCAAUCAGUGUCAUCUUCCCCUACCUCCCGAUCCCUGCUCACCGCCGGCGUGACCAGGCACGGGCACGUCUGGCGGAGAUCUUCUCCACCAUCAUCAAGUCCCGCAAGGCCUCUGGGCAGUCCGACGAAGACAUGCUGCAGUGCUUCAUUGAUUCCAAGUACAAGAACGGACGUCCCACCACAGAAAGCGAGGUGACUGGGCUGCUCAUCGCGGCGCUGUUUGCUGGGCAGCACACUAGCUCAAUCACCUCGACCUGGACCGGAGCCUACCUCCUCCAGUUCCAACGCUACUUCGCUGAGGCUGUAGAGGAGCAGAAGGAGGUGAUGAAGCGACAUGGUGACAAGAUUGACCAUGACAUCUUGGCAGAGAUGGAUGUCCUAUACCGGUGCAUCAAGGAGGCGCUCCGGCUCCACCCACCGCUAAUCAUGCUGCUCCGCCAGUCGCACUGCGACUUCAGCGUGACCACGAGAGAAGGCAAAGAGUUUGAUAUCCCCAAGGGCCACAUCGUCGCGACAUCUCCAUCUUUCGCCAACAGGCUCCCUCACAUCUACAAGAACCCAGACUCGUAUGAUCCUGACCGGUUUUCACCUGGGAGGGAGGAGGACAAGGCUGCGGGCGCCUUCUCAUACAUCUCCUUUGGAGGCGGCAGGCACGGGUGCCUCGGCGAGCCAUUCGCGUACCUGCAGAUCAAGGCAAUAUGGACGCUCCUGCUGAGGAACUUCGAGUUCGAGCUGGUCUCGCCUUUCCCCGAGAAUGACUGGAAUGCGAUGGUUGUUGGCAUCAAGGGCGAGGUGAUGGUGAACUACAAGCGGCGGAAGCUCAUAGUCGAAAACUAGCCAGUGUCUUUAGGAUAUUUGCUUCCUGUACUUGUUCUGUUCCCCUUUAAGUUCUGUUGUCUGUCACGCCAUCUUGUAGGGUAUCUUCACCAUUGUUCAGGAUUCUGCAAUUUGCUUCCUGUGGUUUAGAUGUUCAUUCAGAUAUGUUAUUACACCACUGUUUUUUAUGUGAAUCUGGGAAUCUGUGGUUCAGGAUUUGCCACUUGCUAUCU